GCGUUCAAUCCAUCACUCGGUCCCUGUGCGAUCAAAUUUAAAUUCAACAUUCCAUUCAUCAUCGCUGGAGCAGACAUAGCCGUAUAGUAUACAUAUUUUUCCCCCCUUAUCCCAACCGAAGUUUGCCACUGCUCAGUCAUGGCCCAUCCACUCACUCAACAACCCUCUUCGUCCCUUCCAUUCCCUUUUGCUGCCCGCCCCUCUCCUCUCACCUUCGGCUUCGGACUACCUUCAACAGCUCCAUCAGAAACUUGUACGCAAACUUCCAAUGCCCAUUCCCCCUAUCGAAUGGCUGGGCCGGCCCACAGUUCACCUCCCAAAAAUUCUUUCGCACGGCCAAGACCAAAUCAAGCGUUCACACCGCCAACCGGAUCUCUCAAACGUACGAGGCGAUCUCGAUCCCCUUCGACAUCUCCAACCGGAUCCAUUCAGUCACCUAGGUCCCGUUCCCCUACACCUAUGGCUAGUCGCCUCGGCCAUCUUCCACCUCCGAAAAACAUGCGAACCGAUCCUUCUUACGCAUCCAAGACGGUCAAGAGGUCAAAGCUUCAAAAUUCAACCUCGGAUGAACGGUCCGCAGAAGGUAUGGAUGUUGGAAUAAUGCUAGCUGCUUUACCUCCAUCUGCCCAUCUGCCUAUCUUGCUUCAACUGCUGCAACGGGACCCUUCAUUGUCCUCGACAGUUUUGGGUAUAAUGCCCAAGCUAGAAUUCAGGUCAUGCCUGAAAGAAAUGGAGAAAUUAUUUGCGGAGAUCGAGAAGCUGGCUGGUCCUGUUGUAAAUGUGUCAUUCUAUCCAGGUGCUCUGGCCGAAUCUCGCAGGUGGGAUCGAGUCAGUAAUAACAUCGAGGUGUACUGUCGAACUGUGGCCACUUACAUCAAAUGCUUCACUUCCGCCAAUCAGCAACCAGCGAUCGAUUGCCCAACUCUCUUCCUAUUUCUCGAGUCGCAUACACGGCAUCUUUUAACGAUUCUCUCUUAUAUACCUUCCUCUUCUCAGUUGGAUGGAAGUUCUCCCCCGCCGGCGUCAUUGGUACUUGACCUUGCCAAACUUUCUCUCACUAUCUGGACCUCCUGGGUAUCAGAUUUGUCUUCCGAUGUUAAUGACAGAGGGGGAAUGUAUCCCCACUCUGCCGUUGCUCACUGGAAUGACACUUUGGAACAGCUCGUUGGCGGAAUUCCUUCACCAUCAAUACCUUCGGCCUCUAAUGCACCAGGGACGGGUAGUCACUGGUCGUCUUCGACUCCACUUACGGCUGGAAACCCUUCGCCAGCGAAACUACUUGUAUCUUCUUUUCAAGAAGCAUUCAUUCCCAUUCGCGAUCAGUUUGUGUCUCAGGUAGGAUGGCUUAUUGGGAGGCAACCUGCAAUGGAGUAUCAUUGAUGGGGCGAUAUUGGGCUUGUAUUUAUGGCUGCGUUUGACUUCACGUUCUCUUUCUCUCCCAUGAUUCAUUUUCUGUUCCUGAAUGUUGUCUGUAAAAAGAUAUUUAUAGGAAGUGCAAAUACUUCUCAUUGGUCGGUUUUAUGUACAAAUGCAGUAGAGUAGGACCAGAUUUGUUGAUAGAACAUGCAUGGUUGGUAAUUGC